AUGGGAGACAUAAGACCAAAUUUGGCUUCAAGAACCAGGGGAACAGGCUUAACAAAGGCAGUGUCAGCUCUCGCCCUGGGGCUGGAUGACUUGAAGUUGAGAGUAAGGACAGAGAAGGAUCUGCCGCUCAAGCUCAUAUUCACAACCAUGAAUUUGGUGCCUUUCAGGAUCAGUGCCAAGGGAUUUAGCUGGCUGGAGGGCUACAGCCGUUGCCUAGAGCCCUGCAAGGAAUCGGGGGAGCUGAGGAAACACCAGUGCCAAAGCUUUUGUGAGCCUCUCUUCCCCAAGAAGAGCUACGAAUGCUUGACCAGCUGUGAGUUCCUCAAAUACAUCCUGUUGGUGAAGCAGGGGGACUGCCCGGCUCCUGAGAAAGCCAGUGGAUUUGCAGCCGCCUGUGUUGAAAGCUGCGAAGUUGACAAUGAGUGCUCUGGGGUGAAGAAAUGUUGUUCAAAUGGGUGUGGACACACCUGCCAAGUACCCAAGACUCUGUACAAAGGUGUCCCCCUGAAGCCCAGAAAAGAGUUACGAUUUACAGAACUGCAGUCUGGACAGCUGGAGGUUAAGUGGUCCUCGAAAUUCAAUAUUUCCAUUGAGCCUGUGAUCUACGUGGUACAAAGAAGAUGGAAUUAUGGAAUCCAUCCUAGCGAAGAUGAUGCCACUCAUUGGCAGACAGUGGCCCAGACCACAGAUGAGCGAGUUCAACUGACUGACAUAAGACCCAGCCGAUGGUACCAGUUUCGGGUGGCUGCUGUGAAUGUGCACGGAACUCGAGGCUUCACUGCCCCCAGCAAACACUUCCGUUCUUCCAAAGAUCCAUCUGCCCCACCAGCGCCGGCUAACCUCCGGUUGGCCAACUCCACCGUCAACAGUGAUGGGAGUGUGACCAUCACUAUCGUUUGGGAUCUCCCUGAGGAGCCGGACAUCCCUGUGCAUCACUACAAGGUCUUUUGGAGCUGGACGGUCAGCAGUAAGUCUCUCGUCCCAACGAAGAAGAAGCGGAGAAAGACUACGGAUGGGUUUCAAAAUUCUGUGACCCUGGAGAAACUCCAGCCAGACUGUGACUAUGUUGUGGAAUUGCAAGCCAUAACGUACUGGGGACAGACACGGCUGAAGAGUGCAAAGGUGUCCCUUCACUUCACAUCCACACAUGCAACCAACAACAAAGAACAGCUUGCGAAAACUAGAAAAGGUGGAAUUCAAACACAACUCCCUUUUCAAAGACGACGACCCACUCGCCCGCUGGAAGUUGGAGCUCCCUUCUAUCAGGAUGGCCAACUGCAAGUUAAAGUCUACUGGAAGAAAACAGAAGAUCCUACUGUCAACCGAUAUCAUGUGCGGUGGUUUCCCGAAGUGUGUGCCCACAACAGAACAACCGGAUCAGAGGCAUCAUCUGGCAUGACCCACGAAAAUUAUAUAAUUCUUCAAGAUCUGUCAUUUUCCUGUAAGUAUAAGGUGACUGUCCAAGCAAUACGGCCAAAAGGUCACUCCAAGGCAGAGGUCAUUUUCUUCACUACUCCACCAUGCUCUGCUCUUAAGGGGAAGAGCCACAAGCCCGUUGGCUGCCCUGGCGAAGCAGGUCAUGUUCUUUCUAAGGUGCUAGCUAAGCCUGAGAACCUUUCUGCUUCAUUCAUCGUCCAGGAUGUGAACAUCACGGGUCACUUUUCUUGGAAGAUGGCCAAGGCCAAUCUCUAUCAGCCCAUGACUGGGUUUCAAGUGACUUGGGCUGAGGUCACUACGGAAAGCAGACAGAACAGCCUACCCAACAGCAUUAUUUCACAGUCCCAGAUCCUGCCUUCCGAUCACUAUGUCCUAACAGUGCCCAAUCUGAGACCGUCUACUCUUUACCGACUGGAAGUGCAAGUGCUGACCCCAGGAGGGGAGGGGCCGGCCACCAUCAAGACGUUCCGGACGCCGGAGCUCCCACCCUCUUCACCACACAGAUCUCAUCUUAAGCAUCGUCAUCCACAUCAUUACAAGCCUUCUCCAGAAAGAUACUAAACUGUUCAAAAAGAGUUUUUGAAAUUGGACAGAUGUGUAAGCUUGUUGAACUUCAGCCA